UCGUCGAGGAGUGCAAGCAAACCAACAGCGCCGACCGGGGAACGGAUGCGCCAUCCUUCCAAGCAACCGUUUCCAGCUCCCCCCGUCUCGGCUCAUCCACAAGAUCAUGUCAUACCAAGCGGCCCUUGGACUAUAAAUCACCGGCGCCAUUCGAUCCGCUCGCCACAGAACACCAAUCCGGAAGCAAACAAAUCGGCACAAACUAGCAACUGCAUUGCAUGCUACACAGCCAGCAGCAGCUACUAGCUUGCAGCAGCAGCAGCAGCAGCAGCAGCGAGGAGGCACGACCGACGAUGGCGUCGCCGCCGGCGAGGAGCUCGAGCGUGAGCGUGGCGGACCGCGCGCUGCGCGGCGUGGCGGACCUGAUCAAGCUGCUCCCGAGCGGCACGGUGUUCCUGUUCCAGUUCCUGACCCCGCUGGUCACCAACAACGGGCACUGCUCGGCGGCCAACAAGGUGCUGAGCGGCCUCCUCGUGGCGCUCUGCGGCGGCUUCUGCGCCUUCUCCUCCUUCACCGACAGCUACGUGGGCGCGGACGGGCGCGUGUACUACGGCGUGGUGACCCGGCGCGGCCUGCGCACCUUCGCCGCGGACCCGGACGCGGCGGCGCGGGACCUGUCGGCGUACCGCCUCCGCGCGGGGGACUUCGUCCACGCCGCGCUCUCGCUGCUGGUGUUCGCCACCAUCGCGCUGCUGGACGCCGACACCGUGGCGUGCCUGUACCCGGCGCUCGAGGUCAGCGAGCGCACCAUGAUGGCCGUGCUCCCGCCCGUCGUCGGCGGCGCCGCCGGGUACGUGUUCAUGGUGUUCCCCAACAACCGCCACGGCAUCGGCUACCAGCCCACGCGCGCCACCGAGGACUUCGAGCACAAGUACUAGCCGAGCCGGCCGAUCGCCGUGCCCUGCCGCCGCCGCCGGCCGCUUAAUUGAUUUAUUUGAUCGCUGCGUGCGAUAUUGUGUAUACUGUGUCAGUGUGUGAUCGAUUGAUUGUCUGGGGGUCUCAAAGAGUCGGGACUCGAGGAGUUCUGGUGCUGUGUCGUCUCCCUGAUCUUUGAAUUUUAUCAGGUUUGUUUGUAUACUGGUUGACUAGCUUUGGCGGCACUAAGCCCCCCCGUGUCAGUACAGUAACUGCAUUAUUCUUGCCCAGCUA